AUGAACAUCCUUUCAAAUACUCCGGUACCGACGACCGCAGUCGACGCAUGCAUGGACGAUGGCUUUGCGCUUGAUUCUGGUCUGAAGAUUGCUGGUGCCGGUGUUCUGCUGGUCGGCGGCGAAGCUUUCAAAUGGAGACCAUGGAUCCGUGCAGGCCAAAAAGAAGGCCCGAUAGGCGAUGGCGCCGGUGGUGACGACAGCAAGGGCGUUCAACGUCUGGGCGGCAAGUUGCAGAAUAGUAAGGGCCAGUGGGACGUCGAAAAGCAUGCUUGGGGCGUGCUAGAUCUGGCGUGGCCGAAGCCAGAUCUCCUCAUCCUAGGGACAGGGAUCCGCACUAUUCCGAUCAGCCCGGAGACUCGAGCACAAAUUAACGAGUUGGGAGUGAGAAUUGAGGUGCAAGACACGAGAAAUGCUGCCGCACAAUACAAUAUGUUGGCCACCGAGCGGGGUGUGCAGCAAGUGGCCGCAGCACUCGUGCCGAUCGGAUGGAGGGAGGGCAUCAAAUGA